GGCUAGCGGACGAAGCCGAAACUCGCCUGAGUCAACACGUAUGCAAGAUCUUUGCGUAGUGCCUUCAUCCAUACAGUCUCUCAGUGCGCCUCAGGUCCCGUGGCAAAGACACUGUAAGCUGUAGUCGUGGCCAAGGUUAUCCAAGAACGACAAAACAAGCCCAAACUGUUGCUCGUUUCCCUUACAUAUUCUUCGCUCUUCUCCUGUCUGGUCUGCUAUCCAUCUCAAACGCUUACAUUUCUGGAGUUUUUUCCUCCUUUUCGCAAAGAUGCCUUCGUCAGACGUGCCAAAGUCUCAUUUCAAGAAGAUUCAAAAUUUCAAGUUAGAUUACGCUGUCGCCGAGUUGACACAGUACGAGUCCCUGAGAACUGGCCUGAGAGUGGCAGUCGUGGACAGGGAGUCUCCCAAGGUUGCCGGGUACUUUGCCUUUGCUACUGAGAUUCACGAUGAUUCCGGCGCGCCACACACACUGGAACACCUGGUCUUUAUGGGUUCAAAAAACUAUAAGUACAAAGGCGUUCUGGAUAGACUUGCGACUCGAGCCUACUCGUUUACGAAUGCCUGGACUGGGACUGAUCAGACCGUCUACACGUUGGAUACUGCAGGCUGGGCUGGCUUUGCACAAAUUUUACCUGUGUAUUUGGAACACUGCUUAGUCCCUACCUUGACAGACUAUGCAUGCUACACUGAGGUUCACCAUGUUGACGGAUCGGGUCAUGAUGCUGGAGUGGUUUACUCAGAGAUGCAAGGCGUCCAGAACACUCAAUCCGAACUCAUGGAGCUACAGGCGAAGAGAUUGCUCUAUCCUGAAGGUGAUGGUUUUCGCUAUGAAACUGGAGGUAUGAUGGAGGCCCUCCGUGUUUUGACCGCAGAUCGUAUAAGGGAGUUUCAUAAAGAGAUGUACCAGCCAAAAAACAUGCGUGUGAUCCUCAUUGGGCCAGUCGACCACCAAGAACUACUGCAAAUUCUGGACGAGUUUGAAGAUAGCAUUCUGGAUGAUGUUCCCCCAGUGCACGCCCCAUUUAAACGGCCGUGGGUAGACUCAAAGCGGACGCCUGCAAUCGAAGAGAGCGUGGUGAGCGUUGUUGAAUUUCCUGAAGAGGAUGAAUCGUGUGGCGAGAUUUCGAUAGCAUUCUUUGGACCGGACUGCAAUGAUGUCCUGGAAUCUACUGCACUGAACGUGCUCCUCACCUACUUGGCUGGUUCAUCUGUUUCGGUCUUGGAGAACACUUUAGUGGAGAGAGAGGAACUUGCAAGUGCUGUCUAUUACUAUACCGAAUGUCGACCAAACUACGUGAUAUGGUUCAAUUUGUCUGCCGUUGCCACAGAACGUUUGCAAGAAGUUCACGACCGAUUUUUCGAGGUUUUGAAGGAAACAGCAUCAUCUCCAAUCGAUAUGCAGUACAUGCAAGACUGCUUGGCCAGAUAUCGGCGACAAGUUAUCUAUGCGACAGAAACAUCUAACACAGUCUUCAAUGACCCAAUCAUAGAGGACCAUCUGUAUGGAAACCGCGAUGGAAGCGAUCUUGAAGCUGCAGUGCGAACAUUGAAAGAAUUUGACCUUCUCGAACAAUGGUCUGAUCAGCAGUGGCGAGAUUAUUUAUCCAAGUAUAUUUCAAAUAACAAGCACGUUAGUAUUCUGGGUGUUCCAUCAGCAAAGCUCUCGGAAAAGCUGAAAUCGGAUGAAAAAGCUCGUGUAAAGGCGCAACAGGACAGGCUUGGUGAAGAAGGUUUAAAGAAAUUGGCCAUAAAACUGGAGGAGGCGAAGGCGGAGAAUGACCGACCAAUACCUGACGAGAUCCUUGAUAGCUUCAAAAUUCCAGGCACCGAAUCUAUCAAAUUUAUAUCUUCGAUAACUGCGAGGUCGGGUUUAGCGAAGCAGAUGGGACAUCUGGACAACGAGAUCCAGAAGAUCGUAGACGAGGACGGCGCAAACGAUUUUCCACUUUUUAUUCACUUUGAACACAUUCAGACGAACUUUGUUCACCUCAGUCUGAUUCUCAACACUAGCGUGGUUCCGCUCAAGCUGAAGCCGCUACUUUCAAUGUAUCUCAUGAAUUUCUUUUCUACCCCAAUUGAAAAGAAUGGAAAACGCAUGGAGUUUGAACAGGUAGUCAUGGCUUUAGAGAAGGAUACCAUCACCUACACAAUCGAAAAUGGGCGAGCACUGGGUAACUCUGAAUUACUUUGCAUAAAGCUUGUUGUGCAACCAGACAAGUUCACGGUAGCGGUUCAAUGGCUAAAGGACUUACUAUUCUACAGCAUCUUCGACGCAAACAGGUUGAAGCCAACGUUGUCAAAAAUGCUUGCAGACAUACCUGACGAGAAACGCAACGGAAAUGACAUGGUAAAUGCAGUUGAUGCCAUGGUGCAUUUUGCGCCCACCUCGAGCUCGAGAGCCCAAUGUACUCUCGUGAAGGCUUUAUACCUCAAACGUAUUGCACGAUUACUUAAGUCAGAACCAAGUACAGUGAUCACCAUGCUGGAAGACCUCAGAAAGUCUCUACUUACAUUUUCAAACAUGCGCAUUUUAUGUGUUGCAGAUUGGCAUAAAGUUGCGAAUCCGGUAUCGACGUGGCAGCCACUCGUCGCAGGCUUGAAUACGAAGGAGACUUUGCUGCCACUAGAUUCACGUGGAAGCGUUCUGAGUCCAGCAGCCCAAGAUCCCGGGAGCUUGAAUUACAUCGUCCCAAUGCCAACUAUUGACUCCUCAUUCGGACUGUUCACAGCCAAAGGCUUGAACUCCUACCAGCACCCGAAACUGCCUGCACUCAUGGUUGCGAUGUCCUACCUUGAUGCUGUGGAAGGGCCUUUGUGGGUAGCAGUGCGUGGGACUGGCCUCGCAUAUGGUACGAAUUUCAGCCGUUCAACUGAUACUGGACUCGUCGGCUUCAGCAUUUACCGUUCUCCAAAUGCAUUUGAGGCAUAUAAAGCCGCCCACCAAGUCAUUGAAGACUUCGCAUCAGGGAAGCGCGAUUUUGAAAAAUUCGAACUACAAGGCGCAAUAAGCAGCAUAGUUGUUGCAUUUGCAGAUGAGCAGCCAACAGCCAUAAAUGCCGCGGCAGUUGGUUUUGUGAAUCAGGUUGUGAAGGGAAUACCAAAAGACUGGGGAAGUCAUAUCCUGAAGCAAGUCAAGGCUGUAACAAAAGAGCAGCUUCGAGAGGUAAUGAAUGAAAUCAUUUUACCGAUCUUUGAACCUGGGAAGACAGAUUUUGUAAUUACCUGUGCUACAAUCAUGGAAGAGUCUUUAAUGAGAAAUUUCUCUGAUAUUGGAUUCAAGCCACAGUCGAGAACUCUAGCCAGCUUUCAGGAUGACUAUGGUCUCCAGGCACUCGAUGGAGAGGACGACAUGGAGGCUGAUGAGGACGAGGACGAGGAAGAGGGUGAUGAUGAGGAUAGCGAAACAGAGAGAGAAGAAGAUGAGGAAGAAGGAAACUAGGAAACCGCGAAGACGCCGCAUUGUAAGCUCGUCGUAUUUAAAUGAAACAAGAACGUUCGAUUCGAAAGACGACAAGAAAGGCGGAUAAGAAACUUAGCUAGAUAGAUGUAGAGAAGUUUAAAGAAGGUUCGUGUUCAUGAAGA